AUGGCUAUAAAAACGUCGUUGGCUGUUAAAGAUGACCCAUUAGUUUCUCUAUGUUCGUUGGAUAGUUCUAAAGCGGGAAAUUCCAAUCGGUUAGUGAAAAUAGACUUCUCGACCACAAAUCGUAAAAGUAAACAUUGGAAAUCGAAGAAACAUUCCGAUUCUUAUAAAUCGCCGUAUCUAUACGAAGAUAAUUAUCAGUUGUACUCCAGAACUACCGAAAAAGACGUGGUUCACAUUAACGAAUAUUCCAAAGUCCCAUCAUCGUUUUCACUGGCUGGUAAAGUUUACAAGGCUAACUCGGACGAAUUGAAGCCGGUCAAAUUGAGUCAAAAAAAGAAAAAAUCUGUUUUAACGCUACCGAAUCAGAAAGUGCCGGUACCACGGAACUGUACUGUCAGCGAUAUGAACGAUUCAGAAUAUUGUAACCAAGACAGCAAUCGUAAAACAAAAACUAAGAAACGCAGCUGCCCCUCGAACGUCAUGUGCCGUCAGAGAAAAGCUGAAUACAAUGGUUAUAAUUGUUAUUUAAAUAUGGACAGCAGUUCUACGACCUUAACCAAAAAAUGCUCCAAAGGUAAAAAAACCAAUGCAAUGAAGAAAAAGAAACACAAUCGCGAACAACAAUCAAACGACCACAACAAUCACCAAUUUAACACGCACGACAUGUGGUCGGUCCUGAAAAGCAUGAACAAGUUCCAAUUUAAACCGUCACCGCCAGCAUCGGAGGAUAGUAAUUCAAUAUUUUUUCCAAAGAAUAUUAGAGCUCGGAGAGGUUUUAAAAACAUCCCGAAAAGUCGAAAAAGCACAAGUUAUGCCGAAACGUGUCGAACUGAAGAGUUUGCCUACAUUUCCAGUAUCGAAGUAGAUAGUAGGUGCCCAAGAAGUUUUUCGCAUUCGUCGAGUUUCGAUCGCAUAACGGUUAUCAACAAUGAAGAGGAUAUUGAAAAUAUUUUUACCGCAAUACAAGAAAAACACGAAACACCCACCUCCUACCCAGCUUUAAAAAAUGAGAAUAUCAAUAAACGCAGCCACGUCGACGGAAGACCUCAAAAGAAAAGGAGACAAAAAAUGAAUGACUUACACUCAUUUAACAAUGAUAAUAAAUCAAUUAUAAACGUAAUCGUUUGCAGUAAAUCUACAUCUGAAGAAUCGGAACCGGUUAUUGGAAAAGGAACCAAGAAAAUUACGAAAAACUAUGGACAAUUAAAACAGCUUACUGAAAUCGAAAGUAAACCUAUAAAACAACAAAUUCGUAGCAAAAUCAGUUCGAUCAAAAACAUGAACCAGUCUCAUAAAUCGUUAAUAGAACAACAUAUUAAUUCAAAUACCAUAGAAAAUUCUCGUAAAGUCGAUAAAAACCAAGCUAAAGAUUACAACAAAUUUAAUAAAGUAAACAUUUUACCUAAAACUCCUGUGAAACAGCUCGAAAUCUCUGAUACUACAGAAGAAAAUAAUAACCGAAUUUCUAAAAUCAUGAUAGAGAAAUCUACCUUGACUGAUGUCAAAGAUAUCGCAAAUAUUAAAUAUCCACUGGUUAUUAUUGGCGUGCACCAAUUUACCUCCGCUUAUUGUGUGAGUAAUGGUGAUCCCCCAAAAGUAACAUGGAUUAAUAAUGAUAAUUACAUCGAUGAAGAAAAAAUGCAGCAAUUUAUUGUGAAAAUGGAUUCAGUUGCCAGGAAAAAUGGACGGACUAUGGACAAACAAAAACCGACACAGAAGAAAAAGUCUGCAAAUAAUACAAGCGAAAAUAAGCACGUUACAAAUAGUAAGCCUAAAGAAACUAUGAAACAUAACCCUAUUCGUCAAUUUAGGGACUCAAUUUUGCAAUUCCUACACAAAAAGUCUUCGGUACGAUCUUGUAGGGAUGAUAAUAAAACAUCUUGUAAUGGCACCACUUGUACAACUAAAUCAAAUGUCAACAACAUAAAUGUUGCAAAGCUUGAAAGUAAUGAACAAUCUCAUACAAAAGAUAUAUCUGUAAAAGAGCAAUCUUCAAAUGUACGUAAUAUUGUACUAAGGCCAUCGUUGGCAUGUAAUCCACGGACUAAAGGAAAAUGGGCAAAUGAUUUUGUUGAAAACGUUAUCAAGAAAAUUAAAAACGGCAUAUAUUAUACGCGAGACUUAAAAGAUGUUAAUGUGAAAAAUUUUGACGUUUCAAAAAAAGAACCGACAAAAAUUGAAGCUUCGGUUAAUAAUACAAAGUCAGAUAUAAAUAUACAAGAGGAAAACAAUAAUGAAAUACCUGUUGUAACUCUUUCAAAAAAAAUCGCAUCUAUCAAAACAAUACCAGGGUUCGAUGAUGACCUUCCUGACAUAGAAGUAUUAACCAUUAACACAAAUAAGAUCGAAAUAAAGCAUUUCUUGACAAAUAUAACUUUGCAAUUUGACGUUUUAAGUGCCGAUAAUUUAAUAGAAAAAAGAAAGGAACCAAAAAAUUUACUAGAGAAUAUAAACGGCAAUGCUAAUAUGUUUAAAUGUAAAACUGCAAUUUUAAAUCCAGUUUUACCUGAAGAGCUUUGCACUGUUUUACCUAAAAUGAUACACGGAUUGCUUGCAACUAUAAAGCCGAAAACUUCAGUUUUACUUCCACUGAAAAAACUAAAGAAAUCUCAACCAAAAUUUAUUGGUGCAGAAUCAAUCCGAUCAUUUGUUAGUUUACCAGAAAAAUCCAAUGCUCUCAUGAAUGGCGCAUUUGGCAACAGUGUGAACAUACUGAACAAGCGAUUUCCAUUCGCAAAUUUUCGUGUUUAUAAUGAACUAACCCAUGCUAAUGUGGUCUCAAAAGACAUAUUACCAAUAUUAAGAAACCCUUUUUGGCGACCGGUUGAAAUAAACACGGUGCACGUAAGAAGAAUGAAACAUUUUAGCAACCGUGAAAUAAUGUGUACGAAACCAUCGUUACCAACAAGCUAUGUAAAAGAAAGAGAGAGAUGCAGAGAUUUAGUACCAUAUGAUCCAAAAAGUAUGUGGCUGCAAUCGCAAAGUGGAACUGUUUUCGUUGAUAGGAAUGAUUUUUUUCGUAUACUUGGAUAUUUAUGGACAUUUUAUAAAAAAUUCGUGAACGCAAUGAGUGAAAUUCAUUCAAAUAGCAACAACGAACCAACCAACAACUUCAAAUAUAACGUUGUAUCCACAAAUAUACAUCUAUGUAAUUAUCAAAUGUUGAACAAUAACUUUUUUAUAAUAACAAAUCCAUUGAAUAAAGCUCAUAAUGCGUUUCAUGCGGAUUCCUGUAAGCAAAUUAAUAAUUUAAACGGUGUUAAAUCUAUUGAGUACUAUGGUAUUAAUGGCAAAGAAUAUUGUUCAGACAAUAGUCACAGUCAGCACCAGCAAAAAUUAAAAAAAUCCAGAAUAAAACAAAAACUAAAAAGCAAAUCGAUUUCUGAUAUAGACUGUGAAAAUCGUAGUAAGCCCUUAAACAAAAUAAUUAACAUCGAAGAUUUUUUUGAACUUCUGGGCUCAAAAUCCCUUUCGAGUGUUUUUAGUGAACACGUUACUAAAAAUAUUUUGCAGUGUCUCAUAGAGAUGGAGGAUUGGACAGCAGAGAUAAAUUCGAAACAAGCUCUGCUGAUCGUUCUUUUGGUAAACAAAAAAGAAACCCCUAAUCUUAUGCGAUUUAAAAAUAUAGUUCUUCAAGGAAUUGCAAUGAACAGAAUAGCCCUUGCUUGCGAACUUGACAUGGAGAUUGAGGUUAUAGAAAGAGAAAACAUUGAAUUUUCACAGUAUGAAGGUAUAUCUUACAUACCGGCAUCAAUUCAAAAUCGCGACAGACUUUUCGAAGAACUACACUGGAUCGCGAAGACGACUGCGGCAGAUUACCAGAGACCUUUUGAUGCUAGCGCAGAGAAACUAUUGAGGUCUUUAUUGGAAAAGAGAAAAAAACUGAAUCCGUCGUACUUGCGGGUGAUGGCGCGAUAUGUAGGCUUAGGCUUAUUAAAGUUGCCUAAUCUCUAGCUGUUAUUUGUGUAUGUGUAAAAUGUAAAUUAAUGUUUUUGUUUUGUAGGCACUUAUUUAUUAUAAACUGUUUUAUA